AUGCUCAUGGACAUGCACUGUUGGUAUGCUGCAGCUUUUGUAGUCCGUAUUGUUAUGAUGCUCUACGGAAUAUGGCAGGAUACGUACAUGGCAGUCAAGUUUACAGACAUUGAUUACUAUGUGUUUUCAGAUGCUGCUAAGUUUGUAGCACAGGGUGAAUCCCCAUACAUGCGAGCUACAUACCGCUACACACCACUCCUAGCUUGGGCUCUCACUCCCAAUGUUUGGCUGGGCCUCUUUUUUGGCAAGCUCAUUUUCAUCACAUUUGACAUCUUGGUCGGCCAUACCAUCUACAGACUUGUCAUACAUCUAGGCCAUGACCGCUACACAGCUAGAAACUGUGCGCUUGUAUGGCUGCUCAAUCCUUUACCAAUAGCAGUUUCCAGCAGAGGCAAUGCAGAGUCGGUUAUGGCAUAUCUGGUCUUGAUGACUCUCUUAUACCUCGUCCAAGGCAGGGUCAUGGCCUCAGCUGCAUUUUAUGCUUUAGCCAUUCAUUUUAAAAUUUACCCUGUCAUCUAUGCACUUCCAAUUUAUUUGUAUUUGGGAGGAACUCAAAGAAAUAUUCCGGGAAAGCCUCCAAAAGAAUUCAACAGUUGUUGGUGCAUUACAAGUGUAAUGUCCAGCUUGUUACCUAACAGAGAUCGAGUUGUGUUCAUCACAACCAGUGCUUUCAUUCUGGGAUUGCUAACCAGUUUUUUCUAUCUCAAAUAUGGCUGGAUCUUUCUCUAUGAGACGUACAUAUACCACGUAGUAAGAGGAGACAUCAGGCAUAAUUUUUCGCCGUACUUCUACUUGCUGUACUUGACCUCUGACACAGAAAUGGGUGUGCCUUUGUACCUUCGUCUGCUGGUCUUCCUGCCUCAGAUGGUGCUGGUGUGUGCUGUUGGGGUUCGAUUCUAUAAAGACCAGCCUCUUUGCUGGUUCUUGUGCACCUUUGUUUUUGUAAUGGCAAACAAAGUUUGUACUUCACAGUAUUUCCUGUGGUACGUGAGCUUGUUGCCGUGUAUUCUACCAGACAUAAAGAUGGCUGUUACAACAUCAAUGUGUCUUCUCUUACUUUGGUUCGGUGCUCAGGGUCUAUGGCUACUGCCAGCCUACUUGCUGGAGUUCCAGGGCUACAACACAUUCCUGCUGAUUUGGGCAUCAGGGCUGGUGUUUUUCUGUGUCAAUGCUGCCAUUGUCUGCUUCAUUGUGAAAAAUUAUAAAGUCAAGUUGAA